CUCCUCUGCUCGCUCUGUUUCUGUUUCCUCUCGGGUCCAGAAAGUGAAAAGAUGAUGGUCCAAGUACCUGAAUGGAAGCUUAGGGCAAGUCUGGAUGCAACUGGAGGACACACAGGAUUUGGAGGAAAAAGAAUUAAAAUCCAUGGUUUGGGAGGCCAAACCCAUGAUCGUGGAAUCAGCGUUUUAAGCAUGGAUUCUGAGCAGAGUUAUUCCCCGGUUUGGUGUCUUCAUUCUACAACUGGCGAUUUUCAGCGACCAAUAGUGGAUUUCUUCCAAGGACCACUGAUAGACCGCUUAGGAGCGAGUCUGGGAUCGAUUGGACGAAGAACGGACGAAGGGCGAGCUUGUGGAGGAGUGCACGGGCAGACCAGGAGGCUGCACGGCCGUGCACUUGAGCCAUUUGGCCGUGCGCCUCACGCCGAGACCAUGCACGGGCACAAUCCAGGCUUGCAUGGCCGUGCGCCUGGCCGUGCAAGAAGGCUAAGCUUGUUAAGUGAAACGAGCCCUAGAGAGAGAAAGUGCGAAGAACUCAUCCUAGAAGCUAUCUUGGAGCUGGAUUUCAUCGAAUCGAGCCUGGAGAUUGUCAUAGGAGUGAACAUCAUCGUCCCGGAGCAGAUUAUCCUCGUCGUUAUGAGUAUGACUAAUCCGAUUCUUGUUUUCUCUUCUCUCUCUAUGGAGAGAUUGGCUAUACGAGAGUUAGCCGGUUUACUGCUUUGUACUGGUGUUCUUGACGCCAGUAGUGGAGUUAUGUGUUCACAGCCUCAGCUUUCUAUCCCGUUUGGUGUUGUGUUUUGGCGUGUCAAGUUUUUGGCGCCGUUGCCGGGGAGCCCUCUAGGUUAUUGGGGAAACUGCAUGACCCGUAGCCAGUCGGGAGAUCUACUACCGUUAGACCAGGAGCUUGAACGAACUUGCAGGAACUUCAAGCGGGCUCUAAAGGCACGACUGGCUGCGGAGGAGGAGCUACCACAGCUGCCGUUAGAAGAAGAAGAAGGCGAGAUGGCUGAUCCAGAGAACCGUGAUAUGAUCCCAGAGGAGCAGACCAUGGGAUCCUACUGGACCGCUAGGGCUGCAGACAUGAGGUCACCCAUUCAACACCCUCAUGUCCCAGCCAACAACUUUGAGGUGAGCACCUCCGUGAUCACCAUGCUGCGCGGUUCAGUAGUGUUCCGUGGUAAGGAGGGAGAGUGCCCUCGAUCACAUCUCAGGCGAUUCCACGAGCUCAUCGAUGGAAUCAAGAUCAAUGGGGUACCAGCAGAUGCCAUCCAGCUGAGGUACUUCCCAUUCACUCUGGAGGGGCAGGCCAAGGAGUGGCUAGACACUCGACCUCCGGGCUCCAUCACCACGUUCGCCAACCUGGCGGACAAGUUCCUCACCCGCUACCAUCCUCCAUCCAAGACAGCUGAUCUCCAGAAGCAGAUUACACACUUUUCUCAGGAUGAGGAUGAGACCAUUAGGGAUGCUUGGGAGAGGUACACCAGCCUCUUUCUCAGGUGUCCCAACCAUGGUUUCAAUGAUGCGUUUAAGGUGGGCACUUUCUAUCACGCCCUCUUCCCGGAGGACAAGCAGCUGAUCGAUUCGGUUUGUGGCGGGAACAUGCUGACCAAAACCCCGCCACAGCUGAAUCAACUCUUUGAGGAGAUGGCGGAGAACGGUUAUGACUGGGGCACUGCCAGGAGAUCGAGACGAGCACCUGGAAGGGGUGUGCAUGCUGUGGGCACCCAGUCAUCUGAUCUGGUGCAGGUGGUAUCGAAGCUGGUUUCAGCUAUCGAUCGUUCUGGUUUGAUUGCAGGUACCGGACAGCCGCAGGCGAUGCACUGCCAGUGGUGUGAGAGCUCUCAUCACACCGUGGAGGACUGUCAGGCUAUGAGGGAGUCGUCCACUCCCCAGGAGCAGACCACCAGCUCCCCAGGGACCUCCCGGUUUCCAGAGGCCUCCAUUCCAGCCCAGAUAGGGGCAAUUUCAGCAGCAACAACAGCCACUCUACCAGCCCAGACAGGGGCCAGUUCCACCUCAGUCGCAGGCACGACCAUUUCCACAGGCAGGGGCAGCCCCAGCACAGAAGCUGGUCAGAGAAACACGCAGGCUGUGCUGCGAGACAUACAGACCCAGCUUGGUGGUGUUGCCCAGGCUGUUGCUCGACGGACUCCAGGUACCUUGCCUGGUCAGACCAUCCCUCACCCGCAGAACCAGGAUGAAAACUGCAGUGCCAUCACAACCAGGAGUGGCAAGGUGACUGCCGAUUCCCCUGUUCGGGCAGCGGAGAAAGAGACCCCUGCUUCAGCACUUCCAGCUAAUCAGGAAGAAAUGGAGAAGGAGGUUGAGGUGCCUGCUCCUACACUGCAACCAGGGGUGAAGGAGUAUGUACCACAGCUUCCCUUUCCUACUCGGUUGCACAAAGACCGACUAGAGACUGAGUUUGCCAAAUUCAUGGCAAUGCUGAAGCAGGUGAAUAUUAGCAUGCCCUUCGUGGAGGCAUUAUCGAAGAUGCCCAAGUAUGCCAAGUUCAUGAAGGAUCUCCUCACCAACAAGAGGAAGCUUGGGGAGCUGUCUACGGUGAUGCUAAACGAGGAGUGUUCUGCCAUCCUGCAGAACAAACUACCAGAGAAGCGAAAAGAUCCAGGGAGUUUCACUAUCCCUUGCAUGAUUGGUAGUUUGCAUGUAGGGAAAUCCUUGGCGGAUUUAGGCGCUAGCAUUAAUGUCAUGCCUUAUUCAUUGUUUAAGAAGCUAGGCCUAGGUGAACCCAGUAAUACUAGGAUGAGCAUCCAGCUUGCUGAUAGAUCUAUUGUGCAUCCUAGGGGUAUAGCAGAGGACUUGAUAGUCGCAGUAGGGCCAUUUUCAUAUCCUGUUGAUUUUGUGAUUCUGGACAUAAAUGAGGAUGUUGAUGUGCCAUUGAUACUGGGUAGACCUUUUCUCGCCACCGCCAAGGCACUGAUUGAUGUUAAUGAUGGAAAGCUGAUUUUGAGAGCUGGGGGUGAACAAAUCACCUUCUCUGUUUCUGAUAAUAUGAAACACCCCCAGCUCCAUGAUGAUCUUGAUUACUGUGAUGUUGUUGCUGAUUUUGAGACCGCACUCGCCAUCACGAGUGCGGGUACUGAUGAUUUCCUUGAGCGUUGUCUUUUGCUAGGGGAACAGGCAUCACAGGAUAUGCAGCUGGCGGAGCAGCUGGCGGAGCUGGACGAGGCUGCGAGCGAGGGGCGAGAGCUGCCAUUCAAGCCGAUUCCCAUCUCGCCCCGGCUCGCUACAUCAUUGGAGGAGCCACCAGAGUUGGAGCUUAAGCCCCUCCCAUCUCAUCUGGAGUAUGCAUUUCUCCGGGAGGGGAAUAAGCUCCCGGUUAUUAUUAGCUCGGAUCUCACCCCCGAGCAGAAGAGCAGGUUGGUGGCUCUGUUGCAGAAGUAUGCCCGGGCCAUGGCAUGGAAGAUCACUGACAUCAGAGGCAUUAGCCCAUCCUUCUGCUCUCACAGAAUCUUGAUGGAGGAUGAGGUUAAGCCAGUCAGGCAGCCGCAGAGGAGAUUGUCUCCUAACUUGGAGGCAGUGGUCCAGGCAGAGAUCGUGAAGCUCAUGGAUGCAGGGAUCAUCUUUGCUAUAUCUGAUAGCAAGUGGGUCAGCCCCACUCAGGUGGUCCCGAAGAAAGGCGGGAUGACUGUGGUCCCGAACGAGAAGAAGGAGUUGAUCCCGAUGCGGACCGUGACCGGCUGGAGAGUCUGCAUCGAUUACCGGCGCCUGAACGACGCCACCAGGAAAGAUCAUUUUCCCCUACCUUUCAUUGACCAGAUGCUGGAGAGGUUGGCGGGCCAUGAGUUCUAUUGCUUCCUGGAUGGCAUGUCUGGGUACUUCCAGAUUCCUAUUGCACCGGAGGAUCAGGAGAAGACCACAUUCACUUGCCCCUUCGGCACUUUUGCUUACCGGAGGAUUCCAUUUGGGCUGUGUAACGCACCGGCGACCUUCCAGAGAUGCAUGCUGGCUAUCUUUGACCGACUGGUUGGAGAGAUCAUGGAAGUCUUCAUGGAUGAUUUCUCGGUAUAUGGAGACUCCUUCACUCAUUGUCUCCAUAACCUGGAACUCGUUCUGAAGAGGUGCGAGGAGACGAAUCUGGCACUCAGCUGGGAGAAGUGCCAUUUCAUGGUUCGUGAGGGUAUCGUGCUUGGGCACAAGAUCUCCAAGAAGGGGAUUGAGGUAGAUCGCGCGAAGAUUGAGACGAUCAGUCAGCUACCUCCUCCCGUUUCUGUGAAGGGGAUUCGCAGCUUUCUGGGCCAUGCAGGCUUUUACCGGCGCUUCAUCAAAGAUUUCUCGAAGAUUGCCCUGCCGUUGACCAAGCUGCUGGAGAAGGAUGCGCCAUUCCAGUUCACUCCAGAGUGCACAGCUGCAUUUGAGACUCUGAAGGAGAAGCUUACCCAAGCCCCUAUCAUGGUGACUCCUGACUGGUCUCUUCCUUUUGAGCUGAUGUGCGAUGCGAGUGAUUAUGCAGUCGGAGCAGUUCUGGGUCAGAGACGCGAGAAACACUUCCAGCCCAUCUACUACGCGUCGAAGACCUUGAACGAUGCACAGGAGAACUACACCACCACAGAGAAGGAGCUCCUCGCUGUGGUGUAUGCAUUUGACAAGUUCCGACCCUAUCUGGUGCUCUCUCAUGUGGUGGUUUACACUGACCACUCGGCGAUUCGUUAUCUGAUGAGCAAGGCUGAUGCCAAGCCUCGGCUCAUCCGCUGGAUCCUGCUGCUGCAGGAGUUUGAUAUCGAGAUCCGGGACAAGAAGGGAGCCGAGAAUGUUGCUGCAGAUCAUCUUUCACGGUUGGAAGCCCCUCCGGUGGAUAACUUCGAGGAAGAGAUCGACGACCCCUUCCCGGGCGAGCGAUUGCUGGCGAUGACCCUGGUGGACAGCGUGACCCCUUGGUAUUCUGACUUUGCCAAUUAUCUGGUGGGCAAGCAGUUACCCAAGGGGAUGGCUACUCAUGCGAAGCGCAAGUUCUUCUCCGAUCUGAAGCACUACUUUUGGGAGGAUCCUUACCUCUUCAGAAUCGGAGCAGAUGGCGUGAUCCGGCGCUGUGUCAUGGAGCAUGAGAUGGGAGACAUCCUGUCUCACUGUCACGAAGGACCUACUGGCGGUCAUCAUGGAGGAACCCGCACGGCGCGGAAGGUGCUACAGUCGGGCUUCUAUUGGCCCUCGCUCUUCAAGGAUGCAGACACCUUCGCACGCCAGUGCGACCGCUGCCAAAGGUCAGGUAACAUUUCUGCCCGGGAUGAGAUGCCCCAACAUAUAUCUGUUAUUUGUGAAAUUUUUGAUGUUUGGGGUAUCGAUUUCAUGGGCCCAUUCCCUCCAUCUUUUGGCAAUCUGUACAUUUUGGUUGCAGUGGACUACGUCUCGAGGUGGGCAGAAGCUCAAGCCAUGCCCACCAAUGAUGCAAGACGGGUCUGCUCAUUUCUGAAGCAGCUGUUCUCCCGGUUCGGGACACCUCGCGCCAUUAUUAGUGAUAGAGGAACCCAUUUUCAGGGGCAAUUCACUAAACUCCUCUCUCGCUAUGGCGUUAAGCAUCAGACGGUGGAUCAGUCCCGCAAGGAUUGGUCCACCAAGCUCGAUGAUGCUCUCUGGGCGUAUAGGACUGCCUAUAAGAACCCGAUUGGCACUUCUCCCUAUAGACUUGUCUAUGGGAAGGCGUGCCAUUUGCCGGUAGAGCUAGAGCACAAGGCCUUCUGGGCCAUUAAGCUGCUAAACAUGGAUUUGAGUGUUGCAGGUACAGAACGUAAGUUGCAGCUGCUGGAGUUGGAGGAGUGGCGUUACCACGCCUACGAGAACACCCUGCUCUAUAAAGAGCGCACCAAGCGUCUUCACGACGCUAGGUUGAGGGGCCCGAAGGAGUUUCAGGUAGGUGAUCGUGUUCUGCUCUUUAAUGCACGCCUGAAACUCUUUCCGGGCAAGCUCCGUUCUAGGUGGUCGGGUCCUUUCACGGUGACCCAAGUUUUCCCGCACGGUGCGGUGGAGAUCAACAAUGCUCAAACCGAGCCAUUCAAGGUGAAUGGCCACCUCCUAAAGUUAUACUUGGGAGGUGCUGUCGAGCGCGCAGAGCUGCUGAUCAAGCUCGAGGACCCUUACAAGGUGCACGGCCAGAAAAUCAACUUGCACGGCCGUGCGCCUAGCCUGGCCUGGCCGUGCGCGCUCUCGGCCAGGAGUGCACGGCCAAAAGUGCCUUGUGCACGGCCGUGCACAUCCUCGGGUGCACGCCCAGCAUAUCGCCUCGCACGGCCGUGCAGUACCCUCGGCCAGGCCGUGCGAGCUCUCGUCGCUAGUUGCACGGCCAAAUGUGCUAUGUGCACGGCCGUGCAACUCCCUCGGCCAGGCCGUGUCGGCCUGCACGGGCAAAAUGCCAAGGUGCACGGCCGUGCGCCUCUGCCCGUGCAGCCGAGGAACGGGCUCUAUAAAUGGCCGUGCACGGCCAUAGUGGUCAGAAACCCAAUUUUUCUCGCCGGAAACCUCUCCCACUCACCGGAAAACCGCGCCCAACCUCCCUAUUUUGAUUUUUCCGGCCACUUUGGGUCCGUUUUUCACCAAACCAACACAAAACCCAUUCUUUCCACACCCAAGGCGGCCUAUCCCCUGAGUUUGAGCGAGUUUGGGCGACAUUUUUGUCGCCGGAGGCGAUUCCCGGCGAGAAUCCGGCGAGGCUCCGACGAGCUUUUCCGACCAGAUUUUCGGCUUUUCGUCGCUUCCAUUGUCUUCCCCUCAUCUUCCCCUACACCUCUACUUGAGUCUCCAGACUUUGGCCAAUUUCAUGCUUCACUUAAUAGUGCACACAAGGUGUUCGAUGAAAUGCCUGUUUUCCAUGCCAUGUUGUGGCCACCGGUUGGGGCCCUUAAUGAUGUCGUUUGUGGGGCGAUGGCACAACCUAAUUUCCAGCACCCGUUCAUCCGGGAUCUCAGGAGGGGUCCCACCGCAGCACGCUUCAAGCAGGUCGUGGAAACCCCGUUUGGCGCCCACCAUUGCUUGUCCAAACGGGAGUUUCAGCGAUUGCACUGCUACAACCAGAUUUCCGCCGUGCUCGCCAACACUGCAUGGCGCCGUCUGUUACAGAUCUGCGAGCCGGUCUACAACGAGCCGGUGUGGGAGUUCUACACCACUUUCAAGCACAACUCCACGACCAGGUACCAUGAUAGUACAGCCGUUCAAUUCAGGCUGGGUGGGGUCCCCCGAUCCUUGAGCUAUCACGAGCUGGCUGAGGCUCUCGACCUCGACCUCGACGACCGUCGGGAGUACGUCACCGAGCUUAAAGAGCCGGAGGUGGACUUCAAGAGGCUGUACACCAGCCUGGCUCAGCCUGGCCAGACGCGUCCUUUCAAGUCUGGGAGGACGAAGGCAUCUACCCUGCAGAUCGAGUACCGACUUCUCCACCACCUGCUGGGGAAGUCUUACACUCCUACAUAUGACAGCUCCGGCCACAUCACGAAAAGGCCCCUGUACUUCCUCGACUCGAUCCGACAGCGCUACCAUCCUCUCCACCUGGGUUCGGUGGUGGCCACGACAUUCGAGAAGACGGCCAAGGAGCUGAAGAGCCUCCACUACGCCCCCCUCAUCACCCGCCUGGUUACCUUCUUCGGCCUCUCCCUGCAGGGGUGCACCAAGGAGGGGGAGACCCCCAUCUUUGGCGCUGUGACGAUCGGGAAGAUGCUGUUGUUGCGGGAGAGGAACGGUGUUCAGUGGGUCGAGGGAUUUCCGGAGCCUCCUAUCCCCGCGGAGCCCGAGGAGGAGGCUGACGAUGAGGUGGAGGCUGCUGUGGAUGCUGCUGAUGAUCCCCCACCGACUGACUUCCAUUUUGGGGGUAGCAGCUCCACUUUCCAGGGCCAGGACUACUUCACCCAGCAGUUCGAGCAGCUGAGGAUACAGAACCAGCUGCUCCUCGACCAGCAGAUGCAGUUCCAGCAACAGUACGCGGCAGAUCAGGCCGAGUACCGCCACAGGCUGGACGCGAUCCAGGCUCAGCAGGGCGUGACUCUCGCCCAUAUCGAGCGGGAGAAGCGCCGUUCCCGGCGCAUGCAGGAGGUUCAGCAGCACCUGCUUCAGCUGGUUCCGGGCGAUCCACCGGUCUGGAGGACUCCCUGGGAUGACUCCCCUCCACAUGACGGCGCGGCUGGCGCUGCUGGUGAUGAUGCAUUCAUGGAUGACAUCGACUUCACCGAUCUUGGCGACGAUAUUGACCACUUCCCCGUUCGCUUCUCGCUGACUGGUCCACUUCCAGUCCCCCAGCAAUGGUGCUUGGAGCCUAGUCCACUGUCCGAAUCUUACGAUUUGAGGGCUCCAAGACAACCUAUGAUGAGGACUGAGAUGUGCAGUAGAACGAUGGUAUCAGAAUGUGAGAUAGAGCAUAUAGCAUUUAGAGGCUGCCAUCAUGGUGAAGAGAUGAUAGGAUUGAGAGAAAUAGCAUGCGCAUCUUUCGCAUCAAAUUGUCCUGACCCCACUGGUCGAGAUCUAGGUUGGCCAGUGAACAGGAGGGAGACUCUUCCUUUACUCGAUUUGCUGCACUCGAAUGUCCAUGGUGGUGGUUGUCCAGGCUUAGGAGCGAGUCUGGGGUCGAUUGGACGAAGAACGGACGAAGGGCGAGCUUGUGGAGGAGUGCACGGGCAGACCAGGAGGCUGCACGGCCGUGCACUUGAGCCAUUUGGCCGUGCGCCUCACGCCGAGACCAUGCACGGGUACAAUCCAGGCUUGCACGGCCGUGCGCCUGGCCGUGCAAGAAGGCUAAGCUUGUUAAGUGAAACGAGCCCUAGAGAGAGAAAGUGCGAAGAACUCAUCCUAGAAGCUAUCUUGGAGCUGGAUUUCAUCGAAUCGAGCCUGGAGAUUGUCAUAGGAGUGAACAUCAUCGUCCCGGAGCAGAUUAUCCUCAUCGUUAUGAGUAUGACUAAUCCGAUUCUUGUUUUCUCUUCUCUCUCUAUGGAGUAGAACCCUUCUCUCACUUGGGUAUGAAGAACCCUAGUUCCUUGUGUUAGGGAUUUGAUUGUAAUGACUUGGGAUGAUAUUAUUGUUUGAUUUUAAUCGAAUGACGCAUGUUUCAUGAAUUGAUUUGAGUCUGAUCAGCUUGUCUCAAUUUCUGCUUCAACCUGAGAUAGAUAGAAUCUGAUUAGGUUGUUAGAGCCUCUUCAUUCGAUAGUAGGAGAUUGGCUAUACGAGAGUUAGCCGGUUUACUGCUUUGUACUGGUGUUCUUGACGCCAGUAGUGGAGUUCUGUGUUCACAGCCUCAGCUUUCUAUCCCGGUGAAGACUAGUCGUCUGCCGGGUAAUUAGACUGAGAGGGCUUGGUCAGCUUAAGAGAUUCCAAGCUACUGUCGGAUCUUCCGCAGUCUAAUCAACAGUAAAUCAACCC